CGCGGCCCUAAUAAGGCUGGCGCUGUCCCGAGGGCCGUUCGCCUCGGUGCCCUGCGCUGCCCGACGUCCCGGCCGCCUGCCCCCCAGCAUGGAGUGCUUCCCCAGCCUGGUGCGGGCGCUCACCUCGCUGCUGGGCGCCCUGGCGCUGCUGCAGCUCUCGUUGUACCUCCGAGUGCCGUCCCGCUACGGGAAGCACGAGGAACGGCCGUGCAGGGCGCGGGGCCGGCUGCCGGCGCGCUGCGCCUGGUUCCUGCAGGAGCUGCCCUCCUUCCUGGUGCCCGCGCUGUUGCUGGCGCUGCGCAGCCCGCCCCGCCUCGAGCCGCUCGGCUGCCGCCUUCUCUGCUGCCUCUUCUGCUGGCACUACUUCUACAGGACAUUUAUUUACCCCUUCUUCACUAGAGGCAGACCUUUCCCACUGCAGUUAUUUUUCUUUGGCACGUUAUUCUGUAUCUAUAAUGGCUUUCUCCAGGGGUACUACCUGAUUUACUGCGCUGAAUAUCCAAGCGAUUGGUGCACCGACAUCAGAUUUACAUCAGGCCUCCUCUUAUUUCUGCUGGGAAUGGGAAUCAACAUUCACAGUGAUCUCCUCCUGCGCCAGCUGAGGAAACCCGGGGAAGUCACUUACAAGAUUCCUCAAGGAGGACUGUUCACCUAUGUUUCGGGAGCCAACUACUUUGGAGAAAUUGUGGAAUGGUUUGGUUUUGCCAUCGCAACCUGGUCCCUACCAGCCUUUGCCUUUGCCUUUUUUACUCUCUGCUGCAUUGGACCACGUGCUUAUCACCAUCACAGGUACUAUCUCAAGACAUUUAUGGACUAUCCAAAAUCAAGGAAAGCCUUGAUUCCUUUUGUUUUUUAA